UUAUCACCUUUAUACAAUGGCUUAUAAGUAUACCCCAUCUUUUUUCUUGUUAUUAUUUGUCACUUUGUUUUUAACAAGUAGUUAUGUGAUUCAAGCAGAAGCGCGCAAUCUUCUUGAAGUAACUAUUCCUGAACUUCCUAAGCCAGAAUUGCCACAUUUACCUGAAAUCCCAACUUUGCCUAAGCUUGAAUUCCUGGAAAUUCCGAAACCUGAGUUGCCUACUCUACCAAAGCCCGAAUUUCCAGAAAUCCCAAAGCCACAGUUUCCACCAUUUCCAAAGGCUGAACUUCCAACGUUACCAAAACUCGAGAUUCCUGUCAUUCCUAAACCUGAAUUGCCAACUUUGUCAAAGCCAGAAAUCCCUCAAGUGCCUAAAAAGCCUUGAGCGCGACCGAAGCAGCAUUGUUAAAAAUGUAUUGUGUUGUGUGAUCAUAUAUGUAUUUCUUUGUUGUGCUAUACAAUCUGCCAUUUGAACCUU